CGGGUUGGUCGACGAACUCUACAUCUGAUUGGUCUAGGCGGAAUGGCCGUGUCUAGCAUAUUGAUUACAGUGUGCCUCUCGCUUUUGGACCGGGUAGAGUGGUUUAAAGUGGCAAGCAUCGCUGUGUCUCUCCUGUUCGUCGUCUUCUUCGCCUUAGGGCUAGGUUCCAUACCCUGGUUGAUAGUAGCAGAGUUGUUCUCUCAGGGACCAAGAUCAUCCGCCAUCAGCGUGUCUGUCCUCGUCAACUGGGUGGCCAACUUUUGUGUUGGGUAUGCCUUCCCCCAAAUGCAGAAAGGACUGAUGAGCUAUUCCUUCGUGCCCUUCACAGUUUUGAUAAUACUUUUCUGGAUAUUCGUAUUCAUGUUCCUACCAGAAACGAAAGGCAGAACAAUUGAAGAAAUCUCAUCCACAUGGCGAAAAGACGAAGACAAGGGAGAUAAGUCUAGAUCGGGGAACUACUUAGUAUCCUACCAGAAGAACCCCAACAACUUAUAAAGGAUGAACUCUUGGCAUCCAUCAGUCUUGAAUAAUGACUCCACGACAUCAGCGUAGCAUCAGCCUUUGCUACGACGAUGAACUUCAAGAAGGAUUCACACAUUUGCUAUAGUAAGCGAUCCACAAGUUCCCAGACACUAUAUCUAUAACAAAACCAGAUACGAAAGAAACAUCACAUGGUACCGUGACAGUGAUAUGUUAUCCAUCGAAACGAACAUUUCAACUUUUCCAGACCAACAAAUUCAGUAGUGAAGUGUCGGAGAAGUGCAAUGUUUUGACGAUAUGAUCACCUGGAUUUAACUACCGUCGAUUGGCCAGUACGAACCUUCAACAAGGAACCUUUAUCAGAUUUUUUCCUUGUGUAAAAGACAAUGGAAACUGGCUUCAGUUUUGAUGUAUGAUAUAUAUGUAUUACACCAGGCGUGUAUAUCUUGGUCGCGGCAUAUAUCUUCCUAGAGCAUAUAUCAAUAUUCAUUUGAUGGCAGGCCGCAAUUUCGUAAUGAUUAUAUUAUUUUUGUCAGUUUUAUGAAUAUGUUGUAUCGCUGAAAGUUUUAUAACGUAAUACCUGUAAAUCAGGUAUAAUGUGUGAUUACGUUCCAUACCAUAACAAUUGUUUUGUCGAGUGCACAUCUAAAAGUUACUUACAUUAGAUGAUGCCUUUCAUUGGUCCUCAUAACCCAUGCUUGUCGUAAGAGGCGACUAACGGGAUCGGGUGGUCAGGCUCUCUGACUUGGUUGACACAUAUCAUCGUAUCCUAAAUUCGUAGAUCGAUGCUCAUGCUGUUGAUCACUGGUCCAGACUCGAUUAUUUACAGACCGCCGUCAUUAGCUGGAAUAGUGUGGCGUUAAUCACAACCAACCAACCAACCAACCAACCAACCACCAUGGUCACACUGGUGAGAAUGGUCACAAACAUAUAUGCCUGGGGUAAAAACGUUUGGGUGGUCAGGCCCGGUUAAUGUUCAUUGACAUGAGAAAUUCUAGACAUCGAACCCUUAAGGAUGAAUUGAUGCUCCUAAUAUUAAUCAAAGACUGUACAGGUCGUCGUCAGAUGGCGGGAGGGGAUCCGAGCGUUUUGACCAGCACUCAAAACACGACAAAGUUACUUUUUAGGAUGAAAUUUCAAGAUUUCAAAGAGCGUCAUGCAGUUGUUGAUCAAAACACCUCAGGACUAUUUUCAUGCAGUUAUGUUGACUUCUACCAUGUUUUUCUUGUGUGGAUAAUUGACUUGACUUUGCGUGUGUUGUAACGGGUUUUACCAGUGGGACUGGUUUCGGCCAUGGUUCCGGCAACAACUGGCAGCGUCAGUGUUUGUGAUUUAUAUAACAUCCUUAUGAUGUAGUCGAAAUGGUUUAUGCAGACUUUUAUAUUGAGUGAUCAUGUACCACUCCAGACAUUCCAUGUAUCCCUCCAUGAUAUUCAACAUCUCACUCCGUUUCAUUUCCUUUUAUGUAUCACAAGAACAGGAUGGUUGCAUGUAUUCAUGUUCGUUAUCGGAAAAUCCCUUUUUCUAAUUGUUUACUAGUAUUUCAUUUUGUUGUGAAUAUUGUAAUAUAUUUUCUCUAAUAUACACCUUUCUCUAAUAACAAAAUAGAUUUGUAACAACAUUACGGAAUAAAAUUGAUAU